UAAGCCAAAAAUGCAGAACGGAUCAUCAAAAACCGUCCGAGGUGUGACUGUAAACGGCUCAGUUUCCACAUUGCAGAGGCAGCAACGACCCAAAACAGCAUUAAACCGGCAAAAUCGCGGUUCCUGCUCUUCCACUGCUUCAUGUCCUGUGUUCUCAGCACGACGGAGGGAUCCAGGGGAGGACCCACCUCCACGUUGUCCAUCCAGCCUCUCUUCUCCAACAUUACAGAGUUCUCUUCCUAAGCAGCAUGGAUCUGGAUCCAUCCCCAGUCACAAGAACUCAACUUUAAGCCUCAAGAGCUCAAUCUCAAGCCUACAGGGCUCAUUGCCCAGUUUACAAGGUUCUGUAUCAAAUCUCAAGAGCUUUCCUACUUCUUCUGAACUUCAAAGCUCCAAUCAGAGCCUGCGCAGCUCCACCACCAGCUUCUGUAGUUCAUCUACCAGUUUCAGAAGCUCCAGCUCCAGUCUUCUGAGCGGCACCUCAAGUGAGGAUGAUAGUUGGGAUACCAACAGUUGGAGCUCAGGAGCCACCUGCCUGCUGCGAAGCUCCAUCAAGCAACACAGCGAAGAGGUUUUCAGAGUUCGUGCCAACUCAGUAAGUAGACCCGAGUCUGCAAGUGAUUCUGAAGCUGGCUAUCAAAACUUGGACUGCUGCCAGAGUAGUGAAAGGCAACCAGAAAGCCAGCAAACAGCAGAGAAGGUGCCUUUGGGACGCAGAGAUUCUUUGCAGAGUCAGAUUUCAAGUCACUGUUCCACUGUUUCUUCAACUGCAUCAGCAGCCAUAGAGGAGAAGAUUGAGGCUAAGCUCAAGUUUUCUCAGUUUCUGGAUGAAGUAACCUGCAGGGUACUGGAUCCUGAGUGCUUGCAGGCAUUUGGUGCGGUGCGCCAGAAAGAUGCACAUGUUCCCAGCCCACAGUCAUCUCUUGUUAACUGUUCCCAUACAUCUUCUACCUCUUGUCAGCAUUCAGUGCAUGCAAACUCCUGGUUCGAUUCAGCAGGGGACCCACUGCCCACUAGCAGGAAUUCCAGGAAGUGUAACAUGGCUGCACCCAUGUACCAGUGGAACAAGUGUAUGCCAACUUGUAAGAUUUUGGAUAGCAGUGAGGCCCUGAGGAGAGCACAUGAAGAAAAAACUUUUAUGGAACCAUCAAAAAGAACUUACUUAGAGACUGACAUAGAUAGCGUACGGAGAGAAGAUGAGCUUGACUCCGCAGAGGCAACAGAAAGGAACAAAGGAAAGAAGGAUCAUUCAAGAGAACGGGAGAGAGAGAGAAGAACCUUGUUGGUUAGUCCCAACCGAUCCCAAAGAAACUCUGAUGCAAAGAAAUGUCCGAGUGCAGUGUCAAACAGUUCAGAAGGCUCUCCUAAAAUGUCAUACCGCUCUACAUCUCUACCCAGACCUAUUAGCAGCAAUUUGGCCUCCAAUGGAGAGACACAUGCCAUAAGUUCUAUGCAGGAGCAGAAGGAGGACCUGCGAAAACGUCUGUCUUACACUACCCAUAAACUGGAGAUGCUGGAGAGUGAGUUUGACUCUACUCGUCAGUACCUGGAGACUGAGCUCCGACGUGCACAGGAGGAGCUGGAGAAAUUCACUGACAAGCUGCACAGGAUCCAGAGCAGCUAUGCAGCACUGCAGAGGAUAAACCAGGACCUGGAGGACAAGGUUCACAGAACAACACAGCAAUAUGAGGAAGAGAAAAGGGAACUCAGUCGUGAGAUCAUCGUACUCAAUAACCACCUGAUGGAGGCCAAGAUCACCAUUGAAAAGCUAAGAGAAGACAAUGACCUGUAUAGGAAGGACUGCAACCUUGCUGCUCAGCUCCUGCAGUGUGGAAAAUCCCAUUACAGAACACACAAGCUGUCUGAGCUGCCCACUGACUUUCAAGAGAGGGUGAGUUCUCACAUAGAGAAGCAUGGACAUGCAAGGAGCAUGGGCCUGUGCCACACUCCCUACUCUGACGUUGUGCCUACUGCAGUCAUUGCCAAGGUACUGGAGAAGCCUGAGCCAGGUAGUAGCUGCCCAGCGACACGUUCAUCCAGCCCACAGAGCCGAGACUCGGACAUCCAGACAAACAACGGAAUGGGCGUUGUGGACACCCUUCACCGCCGUGUGGUCUACAAAUCUUCUGACCUGUACUGUAGCGACACCGCACUAUAUUGUCCCACAGAUGACAAGCGGCAUGACCGCUGGCAACAGCGGCGACAAAGCGUGGACUUCCAUGGCAAGGAGACCGGCCUUCUCCAAGCCCAGAACUCCAUCGACACCAAUCCAGAGGAGGACUCCUUCCACCCCAGCUUUUCCCAUAAUGAUGUUCCUUUACAUGAAUUUACAGCUGGAUCCCCUCUAGCCUCCAACUCCUACUCAAGCUUUAGCACAGCCUCAGAUGAAAAGGGCAAAGCUCCUAGCAGCACCCUUUCCUCCUCUCACCUAGCUCUGUACAUGGACUGGCGAGAGGGUGAUUAUGAGCGGAAGAGCACAUCCUCAAAUGACAAAGACAACCCUGGGUUUCCUAGGUCACACAGCUUCCAGCACAUGGCCGCUAGCCCGCAAAAGGGCAACUCUCCAGCCUAUAUGCAAACAGCAUCCUGCUACAGUGAGCCAUACCACUCACCACAGCUCACUGCCUUCCACAGCAUGAGCUCUUCUGGUGUUGCAAGAGAAACCCACAGCAGCAUCCACAUCCCUGAGGAGGAGAUGUCAGGGCGCUGGAGGCAGCUGAGCGUUGAGGACAUCAAUGCCUUCCCCUAUCAGAGUCCUGGCCGCAUUUCCCCUUACAGCAUCUCUGAGCGGCACUUUGCAAUGGGCCCUACGAUUAAGCUGAAACCCCUAUACAGCAGCUUUCAGGAGGGAGAUGACGUCUUCCAUGCCCAUAUGCUCAAUUCCUGCUUCUCCACCUCGCCUGACUUGAACCCAUCACCAAGCUCCAAACAUGGUUUUGGUCUGUAUAAGCCUGAAAAGGCACCAAUGUACCAAUCAAAAGAAGGCAGUAAGUCCAAAAACAGUGUCUUUCUUCACGGAAGCUCAAAUAACAAGGUGAACACGGAGGGAAAUGUAAACAAAGAAUACACAGAUGCAAGCCCCAUCAGCUCAGGUGAGUCAUUACACCAAAAUCCACUGGAGGCAUCCAAUAUGCAGCACUACAAGCUCCAAAGUCCUGGGCCACAGAGAAAGACUUCUCCGCAGCACCAAAAACUUGGAACCACAGGACUAAGUAGAAAGGACAGUCUCACUAAGGCACAGCUGUAUGGAACACUGCUUAACUGAGCCAGUUUUCUGUGAUCCAACAGUUACUACCAGUGUUGAUAUUGGCAGUUACAAAUGCUCAGCUUGUGAAUUAAGCAUUCUGAAACAUACCUAAGUAAGGUUUAUGAUGAAUGGUGUAAAAUAAAAUAAGAGUUUGGCUAUUAAUUGACCCUGUAUAUGUGAUAGACAGACACAGGGCAGCUAAAAUUUACAUUUGAAAUUCCCAAUUUAAAAGCCAUCAUAUUGUAAAAUGUACAAUAUUUUAGAAUAGACUUUGGAUUUUUAUACAAAUUUCACCUCCUUAGACUAUUUUGUCCUUAGCAAUCAUUAAUCAAGUUUCCAGCAUCAGUUUCCUUGUGGAUUUGAAACAUAAUUGCCAUAAUUAUGACCAUGUUUUGCCCCUCAGAUAAACUGCACAUUGAGGCUCUGUUGCACUUAAGUUUCGCUGGCUUACAAAGUUAGUUUGUGGCAUAACGUAACAUGUAGAUCUUUCUUUUGUCAAAAUAAUGUGUAUUUAUAAAGUGUUUUUUCAGUAUGUCUUGAAAGGUAGGUAUGAAUGCACUUAUUCUUCCAAGAAAUUAAUCCUUUCCUCUGAUAUUUUAUUUAUCUGCCUUUUCAUUUCACCUGUUUUCAAAGUUCGAGGAGCCAUUUGCCUUACACUGGACCAGUGUAAAUAAAUUUCCUGUUUGUUCUGUCACUUCCUCUCUUUGUCAUUUACCACCAACACUACAUUUACAGAACUCCUAUCAAACAGGCAUGUCAUCUGUAAUAAAUGUAGGAAUAUGCUGAAAAAAAUAUUGCAGGUUUAAAGUGUAUGUUUAUAAAUGCAGCAAACAGCUGGGCUAGGUAAAUAAAAACCACAGCACGUUUGCUUGUAUACCCUCUGCCAAACAGUUAAUAGCUAUUCUCAAAUGUUUUCUAAACUUACUUUAUAAACGUUUGUACUGAACUGAUGGUCUACAAAGACAUUAUUGUGAUUAAACACAGAAAAAAGUGCACUGACUUGGAGUUCUAUGGUUGACAUUGUUUUGCUUAAUGUUAACACCGACAUAUUUCUGGCUUUUUAUCUGGCUAAUUAAUCUUUCCCAGGCGCUGCGAAAUUCAGGCAAAAAAUUCUCACCUGAAAUGACGAACAUAUCAAAUUUCUAUUCUACAUUUGAUUGACCUCAGAAAAUCUCAGAAAAUCUGCUGCAUCUGCAGCUGAGUGGAUCAGCAAUGGCUAUGAAAUACAUAGA